AUGCCUUCAGCCUCUCAAGUUGCAGCAGUUGUUGUCGGAGGUGAUGAUAUUACCAACCUAAAAGAAAGGGAUGUCAUGGUAGAGUCCGUCACUGGACGACUCAUGUCUAUCAAAGAGACUGCAGGCUAUUACGAUCCACUACAAUAUCCUCUAUUAUUUCCUUACGGCUCUUACGGUUGGGAUUUAAACACCAGAUCUAUAAAUGGCAAGAAGAUAACAUGCCGAGAAUUUUAUUCGUAUAUGUUUCAGAUGAGAGAAUGUUAUGAUUCUAUAGUCUUAAGAGCUGGCCGCUUAACUCAACAAUUUGCUGUGGACAACUGUGUAAAGAUGCAAGCAUCCAAUUUGAGAUGGGUUGCACUCAACCAAGACACAAUUCGUGCAGAUUUGUACAAGGGACUAGAGGAUUCAUACAAUACUGGAGAACACAAUACAGAACUAUACUUCCAUCAUCAAUCUGUUGGGAGUCCGCGAAAUAUGAAUCAACGAUACCAAGAUACAAUGGCCUUGGUGCACAAAUUUGGCAAGCCAGACAUAUUCCUUACUAUGACGUGCAAUCUGUCGUGGUCAGAAAUAGUAGCAGAAUUACUACCUGGCUAUCAACCUCAUGAUCGUCCAGACUUGCUAACAAGGGUAUUUCAUGCCAGGAUCGAGGAGUUAAAAAAGGAUGUGUUAGAAAGGAAUGUUCUCGGGAAGGUAGUUGCUUAUGUAUAUGUGAUUGAAUUCCAAAAACGAGGGCUUCCACAUGUUCAUAUGUUACUAAUUCUUGACCAAAGUGACAAGCUUGCCACUCCUGAUGAUUAUGAUAAAAUAGUGAGAGCAGAAAUUCCUGACCAACAACAAGAAUCAGAGCUCCAUAAAAGGAUUCUUAAACACAUGAUUCACAACCCAUGUGGUGUCCAGAAUCCACAUUCACCAUGCAUGAAACAAGGGAGUUGUAAGAAGGGGUUUCCUAAGUAA